UAUAUAAACAGACAAUUUUGGUUGUAAAUGUUACAUCUACCCUUCAUUUAUAUAGUAUAGCCUAGUUGUGGACCGUUGAAAAGAGAUAUCAUUAUACUGUAUCAUAGUUAGAGGUAAUCAAUUGUUGUUGGAAUUUUUUAUCAUCACGUCUGUUAUAUCAACACAUUUUGCGAUAUCAAACGCGUUAUGGCAGCCAAAAAUGAUUCAGAUAUGAAGUAUAGACAGAAUCGUCAACAGACAUUUGAAGAACCAGUUAAAGUUAAAGGAGUCAGUAAAUCAGUUAGUUGGAUUGAUUCACACGAUGAGAGUUUAGUUGGUCCAUUGAUAGACUCUGGAUUCUACUAUAGUCCUAUAAAAUCAAAUCUAAAUCGAGUAUUAUGUUCCUAUUGUCAUAAACCUGAAAAUGUUAUCGAUGAAUCAGAUGUAAGCAUACUACCAACCAGACAUUAUGAAAAGAAUAAAAACUGUUCACUAUCAUUAGUUCUAAUUUCAAGUUUAGCGAGAGAUCAACAUAAGUCAAGAAGUGCCAUAGUCAAGUACUGGACUACACAUGAACAGAACAUAAUACGACAUCCAUUAAGUGAAGAAUCGAAAUUAUUCAGAUUGGAAUCAUAUGGGAAGGAUUAUCCAUUAGAUAAAUUGGAAGAUUUCAUACCCAAUAGUAAGUCAUUAUCGGAAGCUGGAUUUGUCUAUUCUCCAGUUGAAUUCAAUGACGAUAGAGUAGUAUGCAUUUAUUGUGGAAGUUCAUUAGAUCAUUGGGAAGAAGAAGAUGUACCAAUUGAAGAACAUGCUAGUAAUACAAAGUUCUGUUACUUUCUAGACCAAUAUAAUCAAGCAAAGAAAACAGAUGAAACUAAACUGAAAAACUCAAAAGCUAAAUCUAAAUCAAAGCCAGCUCCAAAGAAAAAGAAUGUCUUUCUAGGAUUAUUCAGUGAUGAAGCUGAAGAGAAUAAUUACAAUUCUCCUGAAGAAGUACUUAUAUCAGAAGAGGAAGAUUUCAAGUCUCCUGAAGUAAUAGACUCACUUCAGGUAAGUCAAGAAGAUGAAGAUGAAGAUGUUAACGAAUCAGUUGAAGGAGUAGGUGCUGCAAAUGAUGAUUCUUACACUAGCGAUAAGCCUGUACGAAAAAGUUUCCUUAAUGAAACAAAACCUCAAAGAGUCGAAUAUAUUGAAUCUGACGAAGGGUCAAAUGAACCUAGUGAUCUGGAUAGUGACAUGAAUGAUGAUGAUUUUACUGAUGAAUCCGAGGAUGAAGAAGUUGCACUAAAGAGUGAUCAUGAUUCUACAGCCAAUGAUACUACAGCCAAUGAUUACACAGCCAAUGAUCUGAAUGCUCCAUUACGAAGGUCUGCCAGAGUUAGAAGACUACGUGGUGAUGGAAGUCCCAUUAAAGAAAUAGCCCUUGAAUUACCAAAGGAGCUGUCAAUUGGAAAGAAGAAAAGCAAGUCUACGAAGAAGGAAUCGAAAGUUAAAAAAGUUAAGAACGAUACCAAGAAAAUUGGAAAGAAAUUACGGGAAGGUACUCAAACUAAUGUCGAUUUCCAAAAGAUUGAAAAUGAAUCCCCACUGAAAUCAAAGAAGCUAAGACUAGUAAGGCGUUCUUUUUCUCCUGCUAUUCCAGUUUUUGCAGAAUCCGAUGAAGAAAUAGACGAAUAUGGAGAUGAUAACUUUGUAAGUCGUGAAGAGAGGCCGAAGGCAAGUAUUAAACGAGAUAUGCCAAAAGUUGAAACUAAACUAAGUCCUUUUAAACUAGCAGCUCCAUCUAAAAGACGUGAAUUUAAAGGCAUUGAUGCUGUUGUGAAUGAUAUUGUUGCAAGGCCGUUCAGAACAAAGAAUGAACCAAGUAUAUUUGAUACUUCAUUUGAUCUUGAGACUUAUGAUACACCAACUACAAGUAAGCAUACAUUAUCUAUCAGAAAUCUCCCUAUACCGGAAUCUAAAUCAAUAAAUCAAAGACAAAAGAAGGAGCAAAAAAUAUCAACAUGGACCGAAGCUAAAGAGCCGGAGAAUGAUUUUGAAGUCGAGAAUUCCAAAGCGAAGUCUGAUUCUAAAAAAGCAUCAAAGAAAGAGGAGGAUUCGCAAGUAAGUGAAGAUGUAAUUAAUAUCUUGGAAGAUGAUGAAGUUUUUGCAGACGCAGAAGAACAACCUGAAAUUGAAAGAUAUGUUGAGGAACAAGUUGAUAGUGUACCUGAAAAAGACGAUACCAUAGAGGAAGAACAACAAAAUGAGAUUAUCAAUAAACAGGAACAAGAAAAUGAAGACAUCAGCAUGAUAGACGAAAAAAACAAUCAGCCUGAGAAAUCAAUAGAUGAUGCUAAUGGUACUUCAAAUAAAAGUGCAAGAGAUAGUCUUAACUCUAGUAAGAGAGAUUCAUUCAAGGCCAAACCAUUUUUUACAUUUGAUGAAAGUGCUGAAGAAGAUAAAGAUGUUGACUUAUCUAAUGUUGUUCAGGAUAUUACCGAUAUUAAUAAAGAAAUUGCAAAACGUAUGAAAUUGUUAUUCGAUACAGCUCAACGCAAGAAGCAAUUGGAGAGUUCUGAAACUGUUGAUUCAAAAAGACAGGACUCGGAGUUCAAGAUUGUUGAAGAUGAGGGUGUUGGUGUAAUUAGAAAUACUACCGGAAGUAAUGAAGCUUCAUUAGAUGGAAAUCAAGUCAAAUUCUCCUUUGAUAGACAAGAUAAGGACAGCUCUCCAAGUGAGAAGGAUGCAGAGGUUGUUGCUAAUAUGGAAGAAGACUUGAAUAUAAAUCAACCAGUUCAGAGUGUGAAAGUUGAUGUUGAUUCAACACUGAUGUCAAAGGAAGUAAAUUCAGAGAUGCGAACAAGAUCUCCGGCUCUGAAUAAAGUAUCUGGUCAAUUGUCUCUUCCUCCAGUAAAAAAUGAUUUAACUUUAGAAAAGGAUGACUAUGGUGUUUCGAGCGAUAACAGACCACGAGAUUCUCAUAUACUAGACUCGGAUAUGCAAGAUGUCAUCAUGAAAGAACCUGAUGUUUUAGCUGAUGUUACCCUUGAACCAAAACUUCUCAGUUCAGCCCCAAUUGAAAAUCUUCAACUGAAUAUAGAAGAUUCGGACAUUGAUAUACUGAAAAACUCAGAAAAUUUGCCAAGUUCUGUUCAUGCUAGUAUAGAUAGGUCCAAGAUUCCAGAUGAGGGAGAAGAAGAAGUACAAGCAACCAUAGAUAAGAAAGAAAAAUUGACUGACAAUAUUGCAGCGGCAGAUGUAACCGCAAGAAGUGAACAUACUGAACAGUUCGACGGAUUAUCUGGUAAUUUCAGUGAUUUAAGUUCAAGCACGCCACAAAAGCAGGAUGUAUUUGGAAGAGAAUUGAUUCAGUUUGAUGAUCAAUGGGUAUCCAGUUCGCUAUCACCAUUUAUUGAAAGAUUAAAUAUUAUUCGAGAUGCUGUUGAAGAGUUCCUGGAGUUAGCUUCAUCGGGACACGAUCUUGUCGACGAUCCAGGUAAGCUUACUCGUUUCAUAGCUGAAAUGCCUGAUAAUGAAAAAGAGAUGACAAUAAAAGAGUGGAUGGAUGAUGCUGCUUCAAUUUGCCAUGGAUUGGUGUUGGAGUUAUGUGGAGAUAUGAAUGAGCAUUUGAUACAGGGUUAUCGCCGAGCAAUAUCUAAAGUAGAAGAAGUUUUGGGGAAUCAGGAUACAGAACGAGAUUAUACUUCAGUUUCAAAUAAAUCUCAGUGAAUUGAGUAUAUAUUAUAAUUGGAUAUAGAAUAUUAAUAUAAAUUAAUAAGUAGAUUUGUAAUUUGCAGUCAACAAAAUAAUUUUAUUUGCGCACGUGAUUUAAUUUUUGUGAGAUUUCAAGUUUUUUGGUUUCCUCCUGCACUUGCCGUUCAGUGGCAGAAUGAUCUUAUCAUCAGUGAGGUUUUCGAUA